AUGUUUGCCUGCCACACCGGUAUCAGGCGUCAGACCGCAAAACUUCUGAUCGGAGCGAGCCUGCCCUUGUCUCAGCAGCAGCAGCAGCUCAGCCGACUCCAGGCCAUGUGGUUGGCGGACCAAAAGGUCGAGGGUGGGGGGAGAGGCGGAUCGGAGUGCUCCAAGUCCACUGGAAGCUCAUCCGGAGGGAUCGCGCUGGCGACAAUGCCAGACAAAAUCCGCUAA